AUGAGUCGAAUUGGCUUGCAACGUUUGGCUCUACUGCCCUCGGCGGCGGUACGGAGUAAUACUCCUUUGGCCCAUUCAUGGACGAGGCUCUCCUCCAACACAGUACGCCCCGCGGUUUGCAGAAAUGGGCUUCCAAAUGGACCAACAAGACCACAAUUCCGUUCAUUGAGUACAAGUCCCUCUCAGCAAUUCGACGGCGAGGAUGAAGGAACGUACAGCGAAGCCAACAACGAACAUGCCGUCAUCUCAACAUUCGAUCUGUUCUCGGUCGGCAUCGGUCCUUCCUCCUCACAUACCGUCGGACCCAUGCGAGCAGGCAAGAUUUUUGUAGCCGAUCUAGUCGAAGCCGAUGUGUUGCAAAAGGUUCACCGUAUCAGGGUUGGUAUCUAUGGAAGCCUCGCGUUGACCGGAGAAGGCCAUAUGACUCCAUCGGCCAUCCUACUAGGCCUCGAAGGCGCCAACGUCGAGACUGUUGACACUGCUCAUGUCCCGGCAAGGUUCAGUGAGAUCAAGUCGUCUAAGAAGCUAUUUCUGGGCCAGCACUUGACAGAGGAUCCUACCAAGGGGAAGGAGAUCGAUYUCGACUAUUCUCGUGACUUUGUCUGGGAAUGGGGGCGAAAGCUGCCAUUGCACAGCAACGGGAUGCGAUUCACCGUCUUUGACAAGUAUGGAGAUGUGCUGGCCACGAACGACAUGUUCAGCGUUGGGGGUGGCUUCGUAGUCAACGGCGCUCUUUCUGUCAACGCCGCAGCUCCAGAGACCGAAGUCGCAGGUACAAGGCAUCCAGUGGAUCUGGCUGAAAACAUGUACUACAAGAAAAUCCGUCGAUCCCAAGUCAAGGGCGAUCGAAGGACGGGACCUGAGAUUAAGCAUCUCCCCAACGUCGACGAAGGUCACGCUGCGUUACUCGAGCCUGGAAAUCAAGACGAUGUGGUUGGAGGGCUUGCAACCACUCAGCAGUCAGCGAACAGUGUCGAGGCUGCUUCAGAAGAGACCAAGUCCCCGCAGCCAACAUAUCAAUACGCCUUCCGGGAUGCCGCCAGCUUACUUGCCAUGUGUCGAAAGCAUAACUUGACGAUUGCUCAGCUGGUCUACGAGAAUGAGAAAAGCCAUGGAUAUACUGACGAACAAAUUUACUCUAAACUUUCGCGGAUAUGGCAGGUCAUGGAUGCCAGCAUCCUGGAGAGCGUUCAAGCUCAGCCAGAUGCAGUCCUACCGGGCUCCUUGAAGUUGAAGCGCCGGGCACCAGCUCUCUAUCAGCGACUGACUCGUGGCAUGUACCCAUCCGUCUCCAAGGAGCAUGUGGUGAUGGGUUCCCAGAAGCCCACCACAUCCACGGACAAUGCAGCAAGCUCAACCACCACCACCACCACCAGCAAAGCAUUGACCCAAGCAGGAAAUCAAAUCCACGGCAUAGGCCUUCGUAGACGAUCUCCAGUCCGGACACACGGCUCUCUAGAGCAUCCCAUCCUGCCCUCACCAACCCGCCGGACCACAUUCCAAACCAUGGACUAUCUGACCGUCUACGCCAUCGCCGUAAACGAAACCAACGCGGCCGGCGGCAGAAUCGUAACAGCCCCCACAAACGGUGCAGCAGGCAUAAUUCCCGCAGUCCUAAAGUACAUAAUCGAAUUCAUCUCCGACGACCCCGACCGCGACAUCCCUCAAUUCCUCCUAACAGCAGCCGCAAUUGGAAUGCUCUACAAACGCGGCGCAACCAUUUCCGCGGCGGAAGGAGGCUGCAUGGCAGAAGUAGGCGUCGCUUGCUCCAUGGCCGCGGGCGCCUUCGCAGCUUGCAUGGGCGCCAGUCCCGAAACCAUCGAACAAGCAGCCGAAAUCGGCAUCKAACAUAAUCUCGGCCUCACAUGCGAUCCCAUCGGUGGUCUGGUGCAAGCCCCUUGUAUCGAGRGGAAUGCCCUGGGGGCGAUUAAAGCUAUAAGCAGUGCGAAUCUCRCUCUGAGUUCCGAUCCAGGCACGCAAAAAGUUCGACUCGAUGAUGCCAUUCAUGCUAUGCGGUUGACGGCCAAGGGAAUGCGGAAUGAGUUUAAAGAGACGAGUUUGAGUGGUUUGGCGACUAGUGUGGCGCUGAAUAUUCCUGUUAGCGUGCCCUCGUGCUGA